AUGAAAAUGAAAGAUUGGAUGAAUCAUUCAUUUGAUUUUGAAUCGAUCACUAAUUCAAGAUUUGAUCGAAAAUUUGCAUUAAUUUCAUUAUUGAAUUUAUGGCAUCAAUUACUUGCACCACAUGUUAAAGUUAGUAAUUUGGCGACAGCUAAAAAAUAUUCUCGAGAUUUACCAUCUGAAAAUAUGAAAUCAGUGACAGCUGCUGGUGAAGAUAAAUCAAUGAAGCAAACUACAGGAACAACCGUAUCGAUUCCGGUUUCCGGUUCUAUAGCAAAUUCAGGUGUUAAAGGUAAAAUCAGAAUUAGCAGAACUGAAACUGAUAAAUUUAAAAUUGAAAAACAACUAUGCUAA